AGAACUGUGAGAUUGAUAGCACUGUCACGACACGCACACAUGCAUUCGCUCGGUGACACAUAAACGAACAUGUCGGCUGCUAAAUACAUUUUGACAAUUGAUACGCAGAUCGACUGCGAUCUGUGAAGAUAACGAUUCGAGAGCACGAGCAACGCGCACAUCACCGCCACGGUGAUCAUCAUCUCGGAGAGAAUGUCGUGCAAAAUGCAUGAAGCAUGAGCUGGUUCGAUGCCACGGGAUUUGCCAACUUGGCGAAAUCCGCGCUGAAGGAGGCUCAGAAAACGAUAGACAAGGCCUUGGAUAUCAAGGAGGAAGAGCCAAAGGUAAUUCAGUCGCGCCCGGUGGACACUUCAGACUUCUUUGCUAGCUGGGGAUUGCAAAAUGAAGAGGACACCAGCAAACAUGACAACAAUCCGCAGAAACAACCAGGUUCGAGCAGCAUUUGGGGUAGCUUUACGGGAUCGUUCUUCGAACCCCCGAAGAUCAUAGAUGAGAAUACGUGGAAGACCGUUAAGCAUUCCAAGUCGUUGCAAAACACCAGCGGUCAGAAUGAACAGCAACAAAAGCUGGUAUCUUCCACUUCCGCUCCCGAAAAACUGACUGCGAAGGAGACGAAAGCUGCAACAGUAGAAAACGAGUCUACAUACAAGAGAAAUGAAACGGAUUCCAAUACUGUCAGUAAAUCUGUAAAUACUAGCCCUAGCAUAUCCAAAGAGUCUGAUGGCAAAGCUGCAUCAGAGCCUUGUACGCCUCCAGAGCAGCUAUCUGUGGAUAAUGUUCCUAUCAGUACGGAAAAGUGUGUAGCUAAAAGUGCCAGUCUGGAUCUGGAACAAGUGUAUCGAGCCCCGAGGACAGACAAUAUUGACGAUGAUUCCACAACGAGCAGCGAUGAGGGGGAAGAAGAACAGUGCGCCAACGAGGUGGUAUCAGAAAGCAACGACGCCGAUCGCACGUCGAGUCCCAUUAAUGUGUUCCAUAAAGUACCUGCCGUUUCCUCCGAGAGUGACAAGAAGAGUCUGGAGAGUGUGGAGAUACUUGGUUCCGAGUCGAACACCGACUGCACCACCACGCCAGAAUCGGAUCCCAAUUCGGUCAGUAAUUCGCUGAGUCCCUCCGUCGUGGACAUCAAGGUGAACUCCGAGUCGGUUGAGAUCCUGCCGGACAGCCUGGUGACGUCGCCGAGCUCCGUGGAAGUGCUGGGCGAUUGGAAAAGCGACAGCAGUCCGUACCUGUCUCCGAUCGACCCUAAGAAUUCAGAGUCGCCGCCGGUUCUGGACGGCGAUGAAUGCCCCACGCCGUGCGUGGAGUGCCACAACAUGCUACAGCCACCGAGGGAUCACUACGCGGAAGCGUCCUCGUCCGACAUCUCCCCGUAUGAAUCUCCGAUGGAAGAAGUGAGAACGUUGAACGUCACGAACUCCUCGUACCCCUGCAGUAUCGAUAGCACACCGUCGCCGAACGCGUUCCCCGGUUUAGACGCGAGUAAGACUUCGUACUCGCACGCGGACAGCUCGAAAACCUCCCCCGACAGCGUCGAGGUAAUACCGGACGUGGACGAACUGGAUGAAGUAAGCGUGGCUGACGACUCUUACACUUCAGCUUCCGAAGGCACGGUAAUGACGGUGCUCGAAUCGUUUCAACAGUUGGAUGCAACAGUUAAGAACAAGAUCGAACUGGCUGACGUAAGUAUGAAGAUGCCUACGAAGAUGCACGACUCAUGCCCGGACGACAAGCAAACGUCAGCGAAAACCUGCACCGAGAGCAAGUUAAACCUGAGUCUCGAUUCUCUGAAGGAGAAGCACAACAUGCAUCUGAUGAUCGAGCCGAUCACCACUCAGCCAAUUCGAAAAUUGGACUACCUGGAGGGAGUAAGCGAGAAGCCGGAUCUUUCCACGUUUUCUCAAUUAAUGAGCACUAUAGAACCGCCAGAUCCCGAUAGUUAUCCUCAGGCCGAGAACGCGGCAGAUAGCACGAUAAUCGAAAGUAGUACCGAUCAGUAUUUAAUAUCUACCGAUUCGAGCAGGGAGGGAACGUUGAUUGAAAGUAGCUCGGAAGAUAACACGACGUUAAUCUGCACGGGUGAUUCGAAGGUGCCGGAGGCUCCCUUGACCGCUAGUUCUUACGUGAAGACUAUGCUGGCUGAUGCUAUGGUCGAGAAGGGCGAGCUGACUGAUAUGGAGCAACAUUGCACGGAAAUGCAUCGAGAAAAUUCACCCAUAUCAUCAGAAAGUCGUUCGGACCUAGUGAAAAUUGGCUCCGAUCAGGCUAGUGGGCAUACGAGUGGCGACGAAUUGGAAACCACAACGUCGAGCGACAUCGAGAUAAUAUCCAGUCCAAACGGGGACUCGAGUUCGACGCAAUCUCGACAGAGUCCAGCGAAAUUGCAGUUGACUAAAGGCGGUGAUCUGCUGACGAAAACCUUGAAGACCAGAGGCCACUCCCGCGAGUUGAGCGAGAUCAGUAUCGGCUCGGACGAGGCGAAUAUGGAGAUUGAGAAAUUAUUGAAACGCAUACAGGAAAUGACGGAAAUUUUGGAAGCGAGGGAGUCGAAGCUAAUCGACGUGAGCAGAAUAAACAUGGAGUUGCACGAGCAAAAUGCGAAUUUAAUGAAGCAGCUUGAGAAUUUCGAGAAACACGCGGAGCAGAAUCAAAAUAUAAAUCAAAUCACGGAUGAGUACACGCAGCGUUUGUCGGCAUUGGAGAGGAAGUUUCAGCAGGCGAUAAGGGAGCGCGAUCAGUUGCGGAAGAAUUUGGAUCAGUUGAAACUGGAGGCGGCGUCGCGGCUGUCGUCGCAGGAAAUGUCCAGCAUUAACGCCGAGAAAGAUGAAAUUAUAAAGGAGCUGCGCGAGGAGGGCGAGAAGCUCAGCAAGCAACAGCUUCAGCACAGCAAUAUCAUUAAGAAGCUGCGAGUGAAGGAAAAGGAAACGGACGCGACGAUAAAGAGUCAAAAAGAACAAAUCGAGGAGCAGAAUACGGAAUUGGAGAGGCUGAAGCGAUCGCUACACGCGAAGGAGGAGGUGGAGCGCAGCCAGAUAGAAGCUGUCCACACACUCACCGCGAAAACGAAGAAGCAAGAGAAGGAAAUACUGACGCUGCAGGAAAAACUGGAUAACACGGCGCAUAAGAUGGAAGCCUAUAAGAAGAGUCUAGACGCUGCAAAAAUGGAUUUGACGGAAACUAGGAAAAAGCUGUUGACCACGGAGGAGGAAUUAAAGGAAGCUGUAGAUAACGCGGGAGAAUCGUGCCAGUUGCUUGCACAAGUGGAGAAUUUGAAAUUGAAGUAUCGUCAGGCCGAGGAGUCUCAUGUCAAAAGGGAAGAGUUUCUCAAGCAAGAAAAUAACGAGUUACUUAAACGACUGGAGGUAGCGGAAGCUAGAAGCGAAGAGUUAUCCGAGUCGGUCUCGGUAGCGACGAAGCCCCUGCUAAGACAACUGGAACAGCUCCAAGCGAGUUUGCUACACAAAUCCAACAGCUUCAUGAAGCAAGAGAAGGUCCUGUCGGAGAAGAACAUUGAGUUGCAGUCGAAAAUUGAGAACCUGUUAGAGAUGGAUCGGCUUCUCAGAGAGGAGAACGUUAAUCUUAAAUCCAAGGAGUCGCACUUGGAAUCGAAGCUCAACAUAAAAGAGAGGGAAAGGUUGAAGUUGCAGGAGUCUCAUGACAAGCUGAAAGAGGAAAACGAGAGAUUGUUGGAGCGUGAUGCACAGCUUCAGGACGCAAUAAAUGCCCUCGAGGAGACACAUUCCGCCAAUAUACAGGAACUGAAAGAAGAAAUAAAUGCCUUGGAGGAAAAGCUAGCCGUGGAGAAGGCAGCGAUCGACGCGGAACGAAGACGGAACAACGCGGUAAUGGAACAGCAACAGAACACCGACGAGGAGCUGCGGUUUAGCCCUACCCUCAGUAUAGAGCAGGAAUCCGUCAGCAGCGUGAAUAGCGUCUGGCCGGCCUUUAGCGAAAACUCGGUAUUCGACAAUAAUUCUGGAAGAUUCCCGCCGAUGUCGUACGAGGGAAUUAGGGCGGGUUCGAGCAGCACGUCGAUUUUCGAAAACUUACAAGCGCAACUGAAACAGAGGGACGGCGAGAUACAACAACUGCAGUGGGAGCUGUCUCGGCGGAACGUGGAGAGGGAUGCGUUGAACGCGGAACUGGCAACGUUAACCCUGAAGGUUGAGGAUCUGAGUAGCAAGGUCUCGGAGGCGCAGGCGCUCAACGAGAGCCUCAGUGAAACGCAGACCAGGUACGACGCGUUGCUGCAGAUGUACGGUGAGAAGGUCGAGGAGAACCAAGAGCUGCGGCUGGAUCUCGAGGACAUCAAGGAGAUGAAAAUUAUCAUCCUUUACGAACAAAGCAUGAUAAAUUUACGAGCAUUACAGCAGAAAAUGGUUAAUCCGCAGAGGAAAAGGAUGAUUACGCCAGACGUAAUGCUGGAUACCAGGAAUGUAAUGAUUCCUGUCGUAAGACCCGUGCCUGUCAAGCAGAGCUUCAAUAUACCCUUCUCGGAAGACAGGCCUCAAAUUCUGUGGGCACAAAAUUAUAAGAACAAUCCUGCACUGAUGUUCUUUGAGACACCGUCGCAUACAUUGUAUAAUCCUUUGAGAAACUUGCUUGAGGUAAAGAGACUCAAUGGUACGAAAUUGAAGAAUCAAAGUACAAAAUACACCAUUUCUGGGAAAGCAGAUUCCACAGGCAUAAAGGGAAUCGAUACUUUGCAAAAUGCGUGCCCGUCAGAGGAAUCAUCCUGUAACAAGAACGAUCGCACGUUGUGCUUUCCCAACACAGUACCUGUGCACUUGGAAACAUCAACAGACGAUCAAGAUUUGCACAGAGCGAGUUCGAGAUCCAUAGAAUUAUCAAGAAAGCACAAUCUGCCACAGAUGAAGCACCCUCGAACGAAAUGCGAGGACAGAUUUGCAAUUUUGCCAAAGAUAGAGGCGCAAGUCAGUAAUGACAUGAGCGAAUCGCCAAUUGUGUCGUUGCCAAACCAAUCAUUCUAUGAUACAGACACUGCUUCUACGAUAUCAGCAUUGGUUUCGCUGUCAGCACCAAGUUUCACGAUGGAAAAUGAGGAAGCGUUUGCAAAUACUCUGAAUCAGAAAUCAGUAUUUAGGAUAACGUCAAAUCAAUUGCAGUCUAUCAACAGCGAAUGUGAAAUAAAUGUGUUACAUUAUGAGAACGAUGCUCUAGCAGAAAAUUGCACCACGCAUUUUGUACAACGUUGCUUAAACUCCACCAAAACAAAUUCCUCCACUAAUACCAGUUCAGCCAAGAUUCGGGAUGACAAUGUCAUUGAUGAGAAAAGCAGAAUAAAACAUUUUUAUAAAUGGGAAGCAGCUAAUUGGAUGCCGCUUUCUCAAGGAAAGCAAUAUGAUACAUAUGGAAUAAAAAGCGUCGGUGUGUACAGCAAAAAGCCUUACGAGUGUAAGAUAAAAUAUUCUUGGCAAGUUAUUGGAAUAAGCACGCAAACGUCAAGCAGUUUGUUACAAGAUUUGCUGGACAAUACGAGUGCCAAUGAGCCUGCGUAUAAAAUGUGCAGCAUAAAAUAUUCCUGGCAAAUCAUAGGAAUUGGCACACAGGCAUCCUUGCACGAUUGUCAUAACGAUCCAGACUACUGGAGUGGCGUGUUGUUGUCACCGAAUAAGAAUCGUGACGAGAACAAUUCCCAGAUUGGUAGUAACGAAACAGAUCGUAGCAAAUUGCGAGAUCGCGUAAAAUGUGCGAAGGGAGGAUUGAGGAGACACUUAAUACUAAAUAAUCAGGAGACCCAAACCUUCGCCGAGAAAGAUGUUCAAACUGAUGAUCAACUGUAUUAUAUGGAACAAAUUUUGGAAGCGCUGACCAACCAGAAUCUGUCAGAUGAGUUGGAAAUGGAACAUCUCGGCAGUCGUGACAAAUUAUUCGAAAAAUACACGAUAAAACCGUUAAUGCCAAAUAUUUCCAGCAAGAGUCCUGUAACGCUGGCAAGUAACGGCAAUGAAAACACCAAGAAGGAAGAACUUCUGACGAGAUUAACAAACACAUUAAAGAAAUUGAAUGAAUACGAACGGGGAAAUCUCGAUGAAAAUUGGGAUCCAUCGCAUCUCGUUGCGAAAGAUACCUUCGCACAGACAACAGAAGCACUGCCAGAAAAUGUGGAAGAGAUUGUCACAGGCAUCGUACAAUCUACGCAGGAAUAUAUAGCGAAACUCGAUUAUCAACUGAAAGAUCUUGACAACGCUGAUCAAGAGAUAGAAAAUAGUAUGAUGAAAACGUUAAAAGAUAUAGACGGGACAUUUCAAUCUUUGUUAGAUGAUGUGUGCCAUGAAAUCAAUAAGAGACGCGAACAACUGAUACUGGAAACAGACAUUCACAAGCACGAGAGUUUAAUACCAUUGAGAGCUUGCAGGAGGGAAGUCGAGGCACAGAUACGAAACGCACGGAACGUUAUAUCGAUGAGCGAGGAUGUGCUGCAACGUCCGUGCCAAUACAGCGCAUUUGCAAAUUUCGUUGCCGCGAGCAAUGACAUAGGCAGGAUACCAGCAGUGCCGUACUCGGACGAGCUUCCAAGCAUAAAUUUCGAUCGCCCGUUGAGCUCGUACAAGGAAGAGAUUAUCGAGCAGAUAUCAAAGCUCGGUUGCGUCUCCCCUACGAUGCCCGUUCAGAUAAUGAACAUCGAGGAAAGACCCGCGGGUCUAUUUGUUAAAUGGCACAUAACUAAUCCGGAGUACGUCGCCGAGGAACAAAUGUUUGUCGUGGAGAAAGCCAACGGGGAGAUUCUCGAUCCGGCAUCGAGCGAGUUCGAGACGGUGUACAAGGGAUCCGAGACCUUCUGCUUUAUAAGGAAUAUAGAGAUUGAUCAACCAGUUACGCUGAGGGUUCGAAUACAGGCGGAUAAUAUUGCGAGAAGUGUACAUCACAUCGCACGGACCACUAUAUUACCAUACAGCUGGGAAACCAAUAAUAAAGAUUACAUGAUCACUAAUAAUGGUAAGAUUGCUGCGAAAUUGACAGACGCAAUAAGUACACUGUUCUCACAAGGUCCUCAGUUUGAUGCGAAUCACGUAAUUGAAUUCAAGUUUUUAGAAGUCUCGCAAGAAGGAAACGACGACGAGGGUAUCGCACUGGUUUAUGAUCCGCAAGGCAGUCACGACGCGUUAAAGAGGACCGCUUCGUUGAUGAUCACGCCUCGUGGUAAAAUCUUCAUGGAUGGCGACGAGAAACUGAUGCGCUUGCCGAAAAUGCGCUUUGGUACGAACAUCACGAUUUCUGCCUUCAAAAAAAACGCUCGUGUCCUACGAGUGAACAUCGAGUCUGAAAAUAAAUGUGUCACAUAUGACUGGCGUGUGCAAACACCACUGUACUUCGCCGCUCGAUUUACAGAGUGCAAGAAGUGGAACUUGAUGAUCAAAUGAAGAUGCGGUCUGCAUGAUUUAUUUUUACCAAGGAACACAAGUGCACUAAUACCGAUUAUAAUUUCAUAGUAAUAAAACAAAAAGAGUGCCUUACAUAAA